CGACUGCACGGAGUGCGCCAUGAUGAAGAGAUAUUUUCGCCAACUUUAUAAAGGUUUUCGAUAGCUUUAUAACCGUAUACACAUCUUUUCCUUAAUAUUCUUGCAAAAGGCGUCAAAAGGGUAGUUUCAAAGCAAUUUGAAGCUUUCCCGAUGUGAAAGAAUGAAAUAAUGAAUCUUGAUUCGUUGUCGCUGGCCCUGUCUCAAAUCAGUUACUCGGUGGCUAAUCUGACCAAGAAGAACUACAAGUCAAGUGUUGCUGAUAUUUCUCGUCUUGUUUCUCAGCACGGACCAGAAGCAGAUCGUCACCUGUUCCGCUGUCUUUUUUCACAUGUUGAUUUUAGUGGUGAUGGUAGGAGUAGUGGCAAAGAUUUUCACCAGUUUUUGAUUCAAGAGUGUGCAACGCUAAUUACCAAACCAAAUUUUAUAUCGACGCUGUGUUACGCAGUUGACAAUCCUUUGCAUCAUCAGAAGAGUUUAAAGGCUUCCACUCAGCUUUUUCCACAGCUGAGUAAAGUUUUGAAAUUAACUAGAGUUCAAGAAGUAGUAUUUGGGAUUGCAUUACAACAUUCAACCAAUCGGGACACCAGAACAUACGCCGCUCAGUUUGCAAAACAGAAGCUACCUGAUUUAUUAAGGUCUUACAUAGAUUCAGAUAUUAGUAGUAAUCAAGAAGGGGGACUCAACGAUAUAGCAGUCGAAGUACUGCAUUUAUUACUCACACACUUAUUGCACGGACCAAAAGAUCAUUCUGGUAUUGGUACUGAUCAGAAAGAAGCUUUUCUCAAUACACUAAAAAGGGACUUUCCAAGACAUCAAGUUCCUGUCGUAUUGGCACCGUUAUUAUAUUCUGAGAAACAAGACGUCACCAUGGAUAGAUUGAUUGGAAAUGUUGUUAAUGUCCCAAAAGCCAUGAUGGAUGGCUCCCUAGCUGACACUUUGCUAGAGAUUGGUUAUGGAUGUUGUGCAACUGUGGAAGAAUGUCGCAACACACUUGUACAGUUUGGUGUGAACUGUAUCACACCAAUCUCUGUGGCCAAGGUUUUAGGCAUGAUGGCUCGAACCCACACUGGAUUGGCAGAUCAAAUGUCAUUACAGUCCUUGACAGCCCCUGGUGGUAACAUAUGGAGCGACGGUAAAGACAAAGGGGAUCAGGGAAACCAAAUAAACACAUGGAAUGUGGACAUUUUUGUUGAGGUGGCCAAAGACUUAGCACCUCACAUCAAUUGGAAAGAAGUAAUUUUUGAGUUGGAUCAUCCCGGGUUCCAUCUCAAAGAUGCACAGGCUCUCAGACUUAUAAAGCUAGCCUACAUGAGAGGUUUGCAAGAACUGUUCCCCGUUGAAUUUAUCUAUAGAACUUGGAAAAAUAGAGAAGGGCAGUUAUCAUGGAUACAACAAGCUCUGAAUAAUCCUGAGAUAUUUUGUUUUGCUGAUUAUCCAUGCCAUACUGCUGUCACUGAUAUACUCAAAGCGCCCCCUGAUGAUGAAAAUAGAGAAAUUGCUACAUGGAAAUCGCUCGACUUAGUAGAAACGCUACUGAGGCUAUCAGAAACUGGCAAAUACGACCAAGUGAAAAGUCUGUUUACAUUUCCUAUAAAGAAUUGUCCAGAUGUUUUGCUGUUGGCAUUAUUGCAAGCUCAGCCAACAUGGAACACUCUGAGACAUGAAUUGGUAUCAACGUUACUGCCUAUAUUUUUGGGGAGCCAUCCCAACUCUGCAAUAGUAUUACAUUAUGCAUGGCAUGGUCAGGGUCAGUCACCAACCAUAAGACAGCUUGUAAUGCAUGCCAUGGCUGAAUGGUAUAUCAGAGGAGACAACUUUGACCAGACUAGACUCUCCAGGAUAUUAGAUGUUGCCCAGGAUCUGAAGGCUUUGUCAAUGCUGCUCAAUGGUACUCCAUUUGCCUUUGUCAUUGACUUAGCAUGCCUUGCCUCGCGUAGGGAAUACCUCAAGCUUGACAAAUGGCUCUCUGAUAAGAUUCGAGAACAUGGGGAACCGUUUAUACAAGCCUGUGUAACAUUCUUGAAAAGGAGAGCACCGCAAGUGUUAGGUGGAGGCUUACUGGAUAAAUCUGAUAUCUCUAAAGCUGGACAGUUACCACCAGAAACCAUAGGAACUAUGCUGGCAUGUUUACAAGCAUGUGUUGGGAAUGUACAACAAGAUAUAUCUGAGACCAUACUUACUAUGGUGGGAAACUCAAGUCAUUUACUGAAAUCAAGACAGCCACCUGGUGUAAUAACAAAAAAUCCUGUGUCAAGUAGUCUCCCUGGCUUUCCAGGGAUCGGUACACAGGGAACUGGAAGCCAGGUACUUGGUACACAAGGUCUUGGAACACAGGGUUUUGGUAGCCAGGGUCUUGGGACACAAGGACAUGGCAGUCAAGGAUUAGGCACACAGUCGCUCGGUACCCAAGGACUUGGAACCCAGGGACUUGGAACCCAAGGACUUGGAACCCAGGGACUUGGAACCCAAGGGCUUGUAACUCAGGGGCUUGGGUCUCAGAUUGACCCAUUGGCCAACAGCAUAUCAUCCUUAUCGUUGGGUACUACAACACCCACAAGUACAAUGUCAGGAUUUCCAUCUCAUUUGGGUUCACCUCUCAAUGCACCACAGUCUCCACAAAAGCAAUUUCCAAAUCUUACUGGAACGUCUGGGCUCUCGUCAAUGGCACCUUUAUCUCAGAUGCAAGCUAACUUUGGUGGAGGAAGCGGUGGUGGAGGUGGUUUUGGCAAUGCUAUGAUGAAUGCUGGCAGCACUGAUCUAUUCAAACAAUCAAGAACACCUGCAUCUUUGGGAGCAUUGAAUCCUUCUGCUGCUCAGGCAUUUGACCAAGCAGGCACAAAAACAACAAGCCCUGCUCUCAGACCAGGUGAGCUGGAACCAAAGAAUUUCAGUAGUGAUUUGUCCAAUAUUUGGCCGGAAAUGAACCAGACGUUCUCGAAAGACAUAGAUGAUGAAGCUAAUAGCUAUUUUCAAAAAAUCUACAACCAGCAUCCAGAGCCGACAAUGUCUGUAGAUGAGGUACUUGAUAUGUUAAAGAGGUUUAAAGAUUCACCAGUUAAAAAGGAGAGGGAAGUGUUCCUAUGCAUGCUGCGUAAUCUCUUUGAAGAGUACAGGUUUUUUCCUCAGUACCCUGACCGUGAACUACACAUCACUGCCUGCUUAUUUGGAGGAAUUGUUGAACAAGGUCUUGUCACGUAUAUGGCAUUAGGAAUAGCACUUCGAUAUGUCCUGGAAGCGCUCAGAAAACAACAUGGGAGCAAAAUGUAUUACUUUGGUAUUUCGUCACUGGAUAGAUUUAAAACAAGACUUAAAGAUUAUCCACAGUAUUGCCAACAUCUAGCAUCAAUACCCCACUUCAGUCAAUUCCCAGAGAUACUUAUUGAGUAUGUUCAGUAUGGUCAGCAAUCUAGAGAACCACCAGUACGAUUAUCAACUCAAACAUCAAGUAUACCGCCAAUCUCUACGCCAACUAUUCUACCUGUGAUGGCCAAGACAACUGCUGUAACCACAACUACCACCACAACCACUGUAGCUACCACAACCACUAAAGCUUCUACCAAAACUACGUCUGCUGUUAAAGGAACAAGAGAAGUGCCGCCUUCUAUUGCCAAUACCACCAAUAUUGAUACUUUGUUAACGAACACACCAGAGGAUGAACAAUUAGAACCACCAGAAUCAAUACAGGACAAAGUUUUCUUCAUUUUCAAUAAUUUAUCUCAGUCUAACUUACAACCAAAGUGUGAUGAAUUAAAAGACCUCAUUGGUGAAGAGUACCUACCAUGGGUUUCCCAGUACUUGGUUCAGAAAAGAGCUAGUAUCGAACCCAACUUCCACAUGCUGUAUUCCAACUUCAUGGAUGUUCUCAAACAUAACAAGUUCUGUGAAAUGGUUCUGAAAGAAACCUAUAGAAAUAUCAAGGUGGUUCUUCUGAAUUCAAAUAAAAGCAGCGCUAACUUUUCAGACAGAACGAUCUUGAAAAAUCUAGGUCAUUGGCUUGGUAUGUUGACAGUGUACAAGAACAAACCUAUUUUACAAAUAGAUCUGGAUUUGAAAUCACUUUUACUGGAAGCUUAUCACAAAGGUCAGCAGGAGAUGUUGUAUGUGGUGCCAUUUGUUGCUAAAGUGUUGGAGUCAUGUGCAAAGAGCAGAGUAUUCAAACCACCUAAUCCAUGGACCAUGGGUAUUAUGAAUGCCUUGGCUGAAAUGCAUACAGAACAGGAUCUUAAGCUUAAUUUGAAAUUUGAAAUUGAAGUUUUGUGCAAGACCCUCAAUUUAGAUAUCAAUGAUCUGGCUCCAGGAACCCUACUACAAGACACAGAGAGGCUGAUUGCUUUGGAAGAACAGAUAUUCUCUCCUGUUAUCAAAGUCGAGGAGAAUCUUCCAGCAUCUACAACUACAACCACCACUAGUUCAGCUGAUACCACAACAGUAGCUGCUACCACAACAAGUACUACCACGACUGCCACUCCAGUACCUCCACAGCCCCAAUUCAGUUUUCAUGAUCUCAACGUAUCAUCGUUGGCUGGUCUGGCUCCACAUAUUGCUAUCAAUAAUCAGAUUGCUCUUUUCCAAGCUAAUUUAACAUUGAAGCAGUGUGUGAGACCAUCAGUAGACCGUGCCGUCCAGGAAUUGGUGACUCCGGUAGUGGAGAGAUCUAUCAAGAUAGCAAUGACAACGUGUGAACAAAUUGUCAAGAAGGACUUUGCAUUGGACCCUGAAGAGUCGCGGAUGCGUGCUGCAGCCCACCACAUGGUACGCAAUCUGACAGCUGGCAUGGCCAUGAUAACGUGUAGGGAACCACUCAUGGUUAGCAUUAGUAAUAAUUUCAAAAAUAAUUGCCUCACUGCUCUGAAGGGUGCUACAACUCAACAGAAAGAAAUGAUAGAGCAAGCAGCUACAGUGGUGGCUACAGAGAAUGUGGAGUUGGCAUGUGCUUUCAUCCAAAAAUGUGCUGUAGAAAAAGCUGUACCAGAGAUGGACAAGAGGCUGGCAACGGAAUUUGAAUUGCGUAAACAUGCUCGCAAUGAAGGUCGGCGUUACUGUGAUCCUAUGGUGCUUACAUACCAAGCAGAAAGAAUGCCUGAACAGAUACGACUCAAGGUUGGUGGUGUAACCCUAAAUCAGACUGCAGUAUAUGAGGAAUUUGCACGCAAUAUUCCUGGAUUUUUACCAACCAAUGAUGCUAGUCAACCGACAGGUUUCUUAGCAAAACCAAUGCAGGUAACUGACAAGUCAUAUGCCACUGAUGAAAUAACUCAGAUUUAUGAUAAGUGUGCCGGAGACAUUGAACAGUAUCUACAGUGUACAGUAGCUACACCCAAUAACCCACUUCUGUCCGCCAUACAUAGUCUACUGGAGGCAGUACUGCUGGCCAGGAACUCCAGGGAGAUUGUUACAGCGCUGGCACUUCUGCAGAAAGCUGUGGAAGGGUUAUUAGAGGGUCUGAAUCCCCAAAUAGCUACAGAUCCAGAACUGAGCAUGAGGUUUCGUGAUUGUCAUUUAUUGGUAUUAAAAGCUUUACAGGAUCACAGGGCAUAUGGACCACAAUGGACCAACAAACAAGUCACCAGAGUGCUAUGCGAGACAAGAACUGAAUGCAGAUAUAAUUUAGAUGCUGUUGAUUGCCUAAUAAGAAAUCAUCUUGUGAAUCUCCAAGCAUAUGAUAUGCAUUUAGCACAGUCAUUGGAAAAUGGACUGAAUUUCUUGGCUGUAGCCUUCGCCAUGCAGCUUGUUAAGUAUUAUUUAAUUGAUGAGAAAAUGAGUAACGUGUGCAAUGAAGCUGAUCUCUUUAACACUUUACAAACUCUAGUUAGGAUCGCAUCACAUUCAGCCAACCCACCGGAGGGCCUUACCCAGCUUGUUGAUGUGAUUCGUCAGAAUCAUGAUACUACAUUCCUUGAUAAAGCACCGGGUGGUCCAACAUCCAUGAUGCAUUCAGGUAUAUCGCAAGCAAGGGAGUUUGACGAUCCCCCUGGUCUGCGUGAGAAAACAGAGUAUUUACUUAGAGAAUGGGUCAAUAUGUAUCAUUCACCAGCUGCCGGCAGAGACAGUACAAAGGCAUUCUCUGCAUUUGUUGGACAGAUGCACCAGCAGGGAAUUUUAAAAACAGAUGACCUGAUCACCAGAUUCUUUCGUCUGUGUACAGAGAUGUGUGUAGAACUUUGCUACAGAGCAUUGGCAGAACAAUCAUCACAUAGUCCAACUCUGAUACGUGCCAAAUGUUUUCACACAUUAGAUGCUUUUGUGCGCUUGAUCGCAUUACUUGUAAAACAUUCUGGGGAUGCCACCAAUACAGUUACCAAAAUUAAUCUUCUUAACAAGGUGCUUGGUAUUGUGGCUGGUGUCCUGCUUCAAGAUCAUGAAGUUCGUCAUACAGAAUUCCAACAAUUGCCUUACCACCGUAUAUUUAUAAUGCUGCUCUUAGAACUCAAUGCACCUGAACACGUACUGGAGAGUAUUAACUACCAAGUAUUGACUGCAUUCUGCAAUGCCUUCCAUGUGUUGAGGCCCAGCAAAGCACCUGGUUUUGCAUAUUCAUGGCUGGAACUUAUAUCCCACAGAAUAUUCAUUGCAAGAAUGUUAGCAAUACUUCCACAGCAAAAGGGUUGGCCAAUGUAUGCCCAGUUGCUGAUUGAUUUGUUUAAGUUUUUGGCCCCGUUUUUAAGGAAUGCUGAGUUGGCCAAACAUACAACACUACUGUAUAAGGGUACUCUACGAGUAUUAUUGGUGUUACUCCAUGAUUUCCCAGAAUUCCUCUGUGAUUAUCACUAUGGUUUCUGUGAUGUCAUACCACCGAACUGCAUUCAGAUGCGUAACCUCAUUCUCAGUGCGUUUCCAAGGAAUAUGCGGCUACCUGAUCCAUUCACGCCAAACUUGAAGGUUGAUAUGCUGAAUGAAAUAACCCAUCCUCCAAGGAUACUUACCAACUUUGCUGCCAUGAUACAGCCGUCAUCGUUCAAAAAAGAUCUUGAUUCAUACCUGAAGACGAGAUCACCGGUGACUUUCUUAUCCGAACUUCGUGGUCAUCUACAAGUGUCUAAUGAUCCGGGUAUUAGAUACAAUAUUCCAUUAACAAAUGCUUUAGUCUUGUAUGUCGGUUCCCAGGCUAUAGCAUAUAUACACAGCAAAGGCAGUGCACCCUCAAUGAGUACUAUUACACACUCGUCACAUAUGGAUAUCUUCCAAAACUUAGCAGUGGAUCUUGAUACCGAAGGUCGUUACUUAUUUCUCAAUGCAAUAGCAAAUCAACUGCGCUAUCCAAACAGUCAUACCCACUAUUUCAGCUGCACACUUUUAUAUUUGUUUGCUGAAGCUAACACAGAAGCAAUACAGGAACAGAUCACCAGGGUACUGUUAGAACGUCUUAUAGUGAACAGACCACAUCCUUGGGGCUUGUUGAUUACAUUUAUUGAGCUUAUAAAGAAUCCCAAUUUUAAGUUUUGGAAUCAUGAGUUUGUUCACUGUGCACCAGAAAUAGAAAAGUAAGUCCUUUAGUAUAUACUGUA